UCGGCCGCCCUCUUUCUUUCUUUCCCUCCCUCCUCCCUCCUUCCUUCCUCCCUUCUCUCUGUCUCUCUCUGUCUCUUUCCUUCCCCUCCCCUCCCUCCCUCUCCCUCUCCCUCGGCCGCCUUGGAAUGAAGAUGGUGGCCAGCGUCCGGGUGCAGAAGCUGGUCCGCCGCUACAAGCUGGCGAUCGCCACGGCACUGGCCAUCCUGCUUAUCCAGGGCCUGGUGGUGUGGAGCUUCAGCAACCUGGAGGAAGAGGACCAGGGAGAGAAGGGACGGCAGAAGAAGGCCCAGCUGCUUCAGAACGGUGAAGGGUCCAAGGAUUUGGACAGCUCAGCAGGCCGCAGGGGCAGCUUGAGCCGGAAGCACGGGCGAUGGAAGAGCCGUCCGGACAACCCUGGAGUCCUGGUGGCCAAAGUGGUGAGAGCAGUUACGGGGAAGCACAAACCCGGGCGCCGGUUCCCCGUCUACUUGGACUCCUCAAGCCAAAGGAACCUGACGGAGCUCAGAGGCGACGCCCAGCUAGCCGUCUUCCAGCACGGGGACACGGGCAGCGUGGAAGGGGCGCCCCAGCCCACAGAGAACAACUUCACUCCCAAGUGUGAGAUCGCCGGCAAGGACGCCUUGUCUGCGUUAGCCAGAGCCAGCAGCAAACAGUGCCAGCAAGAGAUAGCCAACGUGGUGUGCCUGCACCAAGCCGGGAACCUGAUGCCGCGCUCCGUACCCCGGCAGUGCCAACUUUCAGGGAAAGUCAGCCCCAUUAUCCAGUGGGAUGAAAGCCGAAUGCUCCACGCCUCUGUGAGCAAGCCAGUUCGGAUUGCCUACAUGCUGGUCGUUCACGGGCGAGCCAUCCGUCAGCUGAAGCGCUUCAUCAAGGCUGUAUAUCACCAGCAACAUUUCUUCUACAUCCAUGUGGAUAAGCGCUCCACCUACCUGCACCGUGAAGUGGUGGAGUUGGCCCAGCACUAUCCCAACAUCCGGGUCACCCCUUGGCGCAUGGUCACUAUCUGGGGUGGCGCCAGCUUGCUGAAGAUGUACCUGCGCAGCAUGAAGGACCUGCUGGAGAUGGCAGACUGGGCCUGGGACUACUUCAUCAACUUGAGCGCCACGGACUACCCUACUAGGACCAACGAGGAGCUGGUGACGUUCCUGUCGAAACACCGAGACAAGAAUUUCCUGAAGUCUCAUGGCCGAGAUAAUGCCAGGUUCAUCAAGAAGCAAGGCCUAGACAGACUUUUCCACGAAUGCGACUCUCACAUGUGGCGGCUGGGCGAACGGCAGAUCCCAGAGGGCAUCGUGGUGGACGGUGGCUCGGAUUGGUUUGCCCUCACUCGAAGCUUUGUGGAAUACGUGGUCUAUACCAGUGACCGGCUGGUCUCCCAGCUACGGCAGUUCUACACCUACACACUUCUCCCAGCAGAGUCCUUCUUCCACACUGUCCUGGAGAACAGCCAUGCCUGUGAGACCCUUGUAGACAACAACCUCCGGGUGACAAACUGGAACCGCAAGCUGGGCUGCAAAUGCCAGUAUAAACACAUAGUGGACUGGUGCGGCUGCUCCCCGAAUGACUUCAAGCCACAGGACUUCCUGAGGCUACAGCAAAUCUCCAGACCCACCUUCUUUGCCAGGAAGUUCGAAUCCACUAUCAACCAGGAGGUGCUGGAGAUCUUGGACUCUCAUCUCUACGGUAACUACCCACCUAACACACCAGCCCUCAAGGCCUAUUGGGAGAGUGUCUAUGACCGUGUGGAUGGGCUGAGUGGGCUCAGCGACGUCACCCUGACUGUGUACACCUCCUUCUCCAGGCUGGGGCUGCGGAAAGUGACAUCUGCGGAGGCACAGAAAGAGGAGAAGCUUUGCAGGUUUGAGCCACAGGGCUUCCCGUCCAGUGUGCACCUGUACUUCUACGAUGACCAUUUCCAGGGCUACUUGGUGACUCAGGAAGUACAAAACCCUGCGACGCAGCAGGUGGAGUCUCUGGAAAUGUGGGUGAUGCCCCGAGGGACUCUCAAGCUAGCAGGCCGCAGCAGGCAGACCAACCGUCUGCAGAACCUUGAGGUAGGUACCGAGUGGGACCCAAAAGAGAGGAUCUUCCGCAAUUUUGGCGGCUUGAUUGGACCUUUUGACGAGCCGGUGGCCAUGCAGAAAUGGGCCCGGGGUCCCAACCUCACAGCCACCGUCGUUUGGAUUGACCCCACCUAUGUCAUUGCCACCUCCUACGACAUUGCGGUGGACGCAGAGGCAGAAUUCACGCAGUACAAGCCGCCCCUCAACCGGCCUCUUCGCCCAGGUGUGUGGACCAUCCAACUCCUCCAGUUCUGGGAGCCCCUGGGUGAGAGCCAGUUCCUGGUUGUCCCACAGACCUUCAACCGCAAGCAGCCUCUCAGGAAAGAUGAUGGCAAGUGGCUUCACGCUGGUCCUCCUCGAAAUGAAUACAUGGAGCAGAAUUUCCAGGGCCUGGCUGGGAUCUUGAGCCUCCCCCGCUUGGAUGAAACAGGAAGAGCCUCCCACCGGCACACACAACUCAUUGGCAAGGGUCUCGAGAACUGGACGGACAGCAGCAUCGGCAGCUUCUGGUCGGUGGCUGCCCUCUGCGUGGCGAGCCCCUCCAGCUGCUCCACCCUGGAGCUCUGUAGCAAAACCUCCUGGAGCUCGCUCUCGCCGGACCCCAAGUCAGAACUGGGAGCCAUCAAGCCCGACGGGCGGCUGAGGUAGCAGGGGCCGCCGGCAGCACAUUGCUGGGAUCAAGGAAGCAUCCCCUCGUGGCAGGGUGUGGGGUUGGGCACACAGGCCCCCUCCUCUCCGCAGGGCAAACGCUUGAGACUUCAUCAUCCUGUGAAAAUGUACCAUCCUCACGUGAACAGGAUCUUCUCCAGCAGAGCAGGAAACUCUUAUUGGCUGUCGGCAGCGCAAAGGUGGUGUGAAGGCCCACCUGUUCUCAGGAUUGGCUGGAGAGACGAUGAAGCGGAUAGGGGAGGGGCUACAUGUAUUUACAUUGGAAGCUCUCUCUAGUCUGGCAGGUGAGCUCUCAGCUUCCUGGCUGCAGCGCACCUGAGCCGGUGUGCCCUCCUCAUCUAUGGGUGAUGCUCUGCAA